CGAAGGCUUUGUUUCUCCGUUUCCCCUCUCUCGCUAUUGGCUUUUGGGGGUUUGUUGGAACUGAGCGAGGCAUGGCGAUCGAACCUUUGCUUCUCUUUUGUUCUUCGUUGUGGUUUUCUCGUUCUUGUCGCCUGGUUUCUGAGGUUAUCUCGGCUUUCGAUUUCGGUUUCUCUUUAUUCUUUUUGGAUUGGUGAUGGUUUAUUUGCAGAUCUGUGCAACUUUAAUGGAGUUUUUGAUAGGUUUUUAGCUGCUUUCCGUCUUCGGACUCUGGAAAUCGGUGGAUUUCCAGUUGAUCGAAGCAUGUGCGGUGGUCCGGAACACUUAAAAUCCACGUCGUCUCAGUCUCCGUCUCCGUCUCCGUCUCCGUCUCCAUCUUCUGAACAAAAUAUAUCUUCAACGAAAGACAUGAAUCACUUGACUGUUGAAACUGAUGAUUCUUUUGCAAGCUUGCUCGAGCUUGCCGCUAACAAUGACCUUGAAGGCUUCAAGCGCUCAAUUGAGCGUGAUUCCUCUUCUAUUGACGAGAUUAGUCUCUGGUAUGGCCGCCAAAAGGGCUCUAAACAGAUGGUCCUCGAGGAUAGAACUCCUUUGAUGGUUGCUGCCACAUAUGGUAGCGUUGAUGUCCUUAAGCUAAUCCUCUCUUUAUCUGAGGCUGAUGUAAAUCGCUCUUGCGGCCCAGAUAAGACCACUGCCCUCCACUGUGCUGCUUCUGGUGGAUCUGUGAAUGCUGUUACUGCUGUGAAGCUACUUUUAGUGUCGGGUGCUGAUCCCAACUCUCUGGACGCCAAUGGACGUCGACCUGCGGAUGUUAUUGUUGUGUCUCCAAAGCUACCGAACGUGAAAGUCGAUCUGGAGGAGCUCCUCUCAAGCACAAGUUCUGAUGGUUCUAUUGCUGUGCGCGACCUUCGGGUCUCCACUGCUACUUCCAAUUCGAAUUCCCCUCCACUCUCGUCGUCCCCAGAGAAUGGAUCCCCAUCUUCUGCUUCUGAUUCUUCAUCUUCACCAAUGACUCUGAAGUACAAUGAUCUCCCUGCAUCUUCAGCAUCGGAGAAGAAAGAGUACCCGAUUGAUCCAUCUCUCCCUGAUAUCAAGAACAGCAUCUACUCAACAGAUGAAUUCCGCAUGUUCUCGUUCAAGGUUCGACCUUGUUCCCGAGCGUACUCCCAUGACUGGACCGAGUGCCCCUUUGUUCACCCUGGUGAGAACGCUCGCCGGAGAGACCCCCGGAAGUAUCACUACAGCUGUGUUCCAUGCCCUGAUUUUCGCAAAGGUGCUUGUAGAAGAGGGGAUAUGUGUGAAUAUGCUCAUGGGGUUUUUGAGUGUUGGCUUCAUCCAGCGCAGUACAGGACUCGCCUUUGUAAGGAUGGAACUAAUUGCAUGCGAAGGGUCUGCUUCUUUGCCCACACAUCUGAUGAGCUCCGUCCUCUGUAUGUAUCCACUGGCUCUGCCGUUCCAUCUCCCCGCUCAAGUGCUUCUGCUGCUACUGCCAUGGACAUGGCUGCAGCCAUGAGCCUCCUGCCUGGUUCUCCCUCAUCGGUUUCUGUCAUGUCACCCUCCCCUUUCACCCCACCCAUGUCUCCAUCUGCCAAUGGAUUAUCUCACUCCUUGGCUUGGCCACAGCCGAAUGUCCCGACCUUGCAUCUUCCUGGAAGUAAUUUUCAAUCCAGUCGUCUGAGGUCAUCCCUUAGUGCAAGAGACAUUCCAGUUGAUGAUUUUAACAUGUUACAGGAUUUUGAUGCCCAACAGCAGCAGCAGCAACUCCUCAAUGACCUGUCUUGCUACUCUCAAUCUCGGCUUGGUUCAGCCUCUGUGAACCGAGUAGGUCGAUCGAAGACCCUAGCCCCUUCAAACCUCGAUGAGCUUUUUACUGCAGAAAUCUCUUCCUCUCCUAGGUACUCGGAUCAGUCUUCUUCAGCUGUCUUCUCUCCCUCGCAUAAGUCAGCCGUUCUCAACCAGUUCCAACAGCAGCAGAGUAUGUUAUCGCCCAUUAACACAAACGUGUUCUCUCCCAAGAACGUUGAUCAUCACUCUCUCCUGCAAGCUUCCUAUGGUGUUCCGUCCCCAGGAAGGAUGUCACCCCGGAGCGUGGAUCCGCAGUCUCCCAUGAGCUCCCGGCUUUCUGCCUUUGCACAGCGUGAGAAGCUCCGGAGCCUGAGUGCACGCGAACUUGGAUCAAACACUGCUGGAAUUGUUGGGUCCCCUGUAAAUUCUUGGACCAAAUGGGGUUCUCCAAACGGUAAGUUAGAUUGGGCCGUUCAUGGAGACGAACUGGGUGGUAUUAGGAGAUCAUUCGAGCUUGGGAACAACAGUGAAGAGCCUGAUUUGUCAUGGGUUCAGUCACUGGUGAAGGAAUCACCUCCUGAGCUCAAAGAAAAGGUAGCUGUUCCGACCUCUGUAGCUGCACCGUCCGGUGAAGGAUCAAAUUCGAACUCUCACUUGGAUUCCAUUGAUCACUCGGUUUUGGGAGCUUGGUUGGAGCAGAUGCAGCUUGAUCAGCUUGUCGCUCAGUAAAAAUCAAAUUCCUUUUUACUGGGCUAUGAGGUACUAGAUCAACAAUUUAGUAAAUAUUAUAUAUAAAUAUUUAUUUGGGUUCA